GAUCUCGUGCGAGCUCUUCGAAAGAUACCGCGCUCUCGAUCUUCAAGUCUCCCAACCUCUGCAUCAUCGCAUGCAUAUCCGCGGUGUUGGAUUGUACCAUGGGCACGAGAUCCUGGAAUAGAACUACCACUUCUCCUCGUCAUCAACCCCAUCUUCAUCACCAUCUUCCUUUCCGGCAUCCCUUUCAAGAACCCCUACCCCACACCGCCAACACACAACCCUGAGCGAAACCUCGCAAUAUCAUGCGCAGCCUUACAUAGCCCCUCUCAGCAUAUUCAUCCCAUUUCUUCCUUGCGCUAG